GCUGCAGCAGCAUCCACUCUGGUAACGUCUUGUGUGUUUGUGGCCAGGACCACGUUUUAUUGUUAACAACCUCUGGUGCCGUACUGACAGGUUGUGUCCUCCUCGUGCCAGACAAUAAUGCACGAGGUCUACGCUGAGGAGGUCCUGCGGUCAGCCGCGACCAGCCGCCCGAAGACACGUAUGACGAGUCUGAAGCGGAUCUGUCUGCGAGCCCUUAGCCGACACGUCGCUGUGCUGGACCCGAGAGAACUGCUCGAGUUCCCAACGUCCCUCAUAAAGGAUCUGCUGCCUCAUCUGGACGUUACCCACCUGGACAAGCUGCAGCCAGCCCUGAAUCUUAAAGGGAUCUCUACCUACUCUGCAUGGGUUGCACUACUGCGGGACAUUAAAGGACCUAACUGUGUAGCUGACUUGCACACUGAAGAAGAAAGUAAACAGGAAACUAUGGAUGCACUUUUUCACGUAAUUUUUUAUGGCUUCAAGUACAGCUACAUCGCCAGACAUAUCUCCAACGUAAACAUCACAUCCCUCCUGUUGGUUAUGGCCAAGCAUGUCAAGCACUUUUACCUUAGACUUUCCCACUUCCUUCAAAGCUUCACUGCAGAGCAGAGGCCUCUUCUUCGGAGCCUAGAGAAAAGUGUAAGAUGUGUUGAAAUUAAAAAACAUAUAGAAGUGUUGAAAAGGGACUCCCAGUAUGCCCUGUACAUACUGCACCGCAUGCUCGACCACGGGGAAGCUAAAGAUAUCAUCAUAUAUAAUCAGGAUCCGGUCAUGCUUGCCUGGAUUCUUCAUGCCAGGGGAUCUCAGUAUGGAUGUGAACAAUUUCAGAAGAGGUCCACUUUUAAGUCAAACACCACCACAUCUUCUGUAGGGGAGACCAUGGCUUCUCCAGAUCACGGGACAACUAGCUAUAAGGAUGAAGAAGAUCAUGUCCUACUAGCCAAGCGCCCGAAGAUUGAUUUUGUGUCUGCAGAAGAGGAGGCAAGAAAUCCAAAAUCCCCGUUGGAUCCCGAGGUUCUUUGUCAAACUUUUACUUCCUCUACUGUGCCUUUGUCGGAGGAUUGUCCUCGUGGACAGAUCUGUUCCCUGCAGAUAAGGGAGUGUGCACAGAACAUGCUCAGCAUGCUUGUACCCUUCCUACCCACCUGGCUGUGUCUUCGCUCUCUAACUCUGCAGAGUUGCUCAAUUUUCAGUGAUUUGGACAUAUUGACCUUGGCAAGGUCUCUUAAGCAGCUGUCUGAGACAUCCAGAAGCUCCCUCACCAGUCUCAGUAUCGGUGUCCUGCCUCAUGCUGUCUUCAUGGAGACUCUGCUGGAUGCCUGCCUCAACCUGAGGUCCCUCUCAGUGGAGAUCCACACUGUGACAGAGAACCAUGGAUUACAUAAGACCAAGACUGAUGGAUCGAAGGGCUUUGCAGAGCUUCCCCUCCAGGAGCUGACAGUGACUGUACCUCAAGUACAGACACAUCUGGACAGCAUCACAUCUGUUCUGAAGCGCUCGCCACAUCUCAUGUCACUUGACAUUUCGGGAAUCCGUCUGUGUGUUGGGUCUUCACACCAGGAACUUCUCAACAUCAUCUCAGUUUCAAAUACAUGCUUAAGAAGGCUUCACCUGGAGGACCUGAACCUGGCCAGCUGUCUUCCUGAGAUCCUGGGACUUCUGGAAAACUGCAUGUUGGAAGAAUUGUCUUUUAGGGAUUGCCGUCUUCUGGAGAAGUGCAGUGACAAGAAGAGCUGUUUGUGGCAACUGGUAGUUUCUCUGAAGAGAGUGUCAUCACUCCGUUCGCUCAGCCUGUCCCAGAACCGCCUUGCCAAGAAUGUCCCUACUGUGGUGGAGCUCUUCACAGGACCCUCACCAAGUGCUGUGAAAAAGCUGGACAUCAGCUCUAAUUUUAUUCAACCCAAUGAGCUGCUUGAACUGGGGAGGCAACUGGAGAAACAUCGUCCAGCACAGCGAGUGACCCUGGACCUCAGAAAAAACCCCUGGGAUCAAGACAAGGAAGUGUGGCAGGCUGCACUGAGCAGUCUCUGUCCAUUCUGUAAUAUCCUGACGGACGGAUGGACAUCCAGAGACACCAUGGCAGAUCACAUAAGCAAUAUGUAAUCAAAUAGAGCAUGUACAUUAUAUAAGGUCACAGACCUCAUGUCUUAUGAGAAGGACUGUCGUAAGAGAUGAGGUCUGUGACCUUAUGAACUCUUGUCAAUAUAAGGUCACAGACCUCAUGUUUUAUGAGAAGGACUGUCAUAAGAGAUGAGGUCUGUGACCUUAUGAACUCUUGUCAAUAUAAGAUCACAGACCCCAUCUCUGAUUAGAAGGAAUCUCAAAAGAGAUGAGGUCUGUGACCUUACGAACUCUUGUGAACUCUUGUCAGUAGAAGGUCACAGACCUCAUCUCUGAUGAGAAGGACUCUCAUAAGAGAUAAGGUCUGUGACCUUACAAACUUGUCAAUAUAAGGUCACAGACGUCAUGUCUUAUGAGAAGGACUCUCAUAAGAGAUGAGGUCUGUGACCUUACAAACUUGUCAAUAUAAGGUCACAGACCUCAUGUCCUAUGAGAAGGACUCUCAUAAGAGAUGAGGUCUGACCUUAUGAACUCUUGUCAAUAUAAGGUCACAGACCUCAUGUCUUAUGAGAAGGAAUCUGAAGUUUGCGUCUCAAUUUAAGUGCAUGUCUGAUUUCUAACCAUGUGAAUGUGUCUCAGUGGUCACGUUAGACUUAAGUGUCCUACUUUUAUCAUUGGCAAGCACUUGUUUGGUGCCUUGAAUAUUAUCUAACAGUAGAAAAAAAAUGACAUGAAAACGUUCUUUAAGGGUGCCAGUAAAAAUAAAGUAAUUUCGCUUUAUUUUUCAUUAGUUUCUUCAUCACAAUCUAAUAUUGUCACACUGAACCAUAAAUAAGAUGGAAAUAAAGUGUUACAUGGAAGACAGAA